UGUGAAGAUCCGUAUUUCUUUCUUCAUAGAGGAUCAUAUGGAUCAAUUGACCGAGCAAACCAGCAGAGGCCCUCAAAUUCCGCUUCAAAAGCAGGAAAACCCGCUCUAAGAGAAUUAUCGCCUCCUCCUCCUCUUUCCUCCGUCACUCUAUAUAUGCACUCACUUCAAGAACAGUGAGUAUACAAGCGCAGUACUGAUACAUUUGAAUCCCAGAUUAGAAAAUCAAGUUUACAUAUUACCCAAGGAAGUAUGUCUAACACGCAGCAAAGCUUCAAUGCAGGCCAAACCAAGGGCAACACCCAGGCUAAGGUAGAACAGUGGACUGAAACCAUCCAGGAUACAGCAAAUGCAGCCUGUAGAGACAGUAGAUCAGCUGGGGCUCCGUCAACCGGAGAUUCUGCUCAACUAGAGAAGGAUCAAAGUGCUGGUUUCCUGCAGCAGACUGGAGAGCAAGUGAAGCAUGUGGCCCAGGAUGCAAUGGACUCUGUGAAGAACACGCUUGGCAUGGGUCAGAAUAAGAAAUGAAAGAAUAACCUCUGCUAUACAUGGUCUGCCGAUCAACCGGAUUCCGACUUAUUGAUACGCUGCUGAUGCAAUAGCUCUUCUUUUUGCAUGGACAAGUAUAAUAUUAUGUUCCUUUUCCAUUUGUCUUGG